UGAUAAGAUAACAGGAGUGUAUAGCCGUGGACUUUAUCCUACACUGUGCCACCCCGCUUCUUGUUUCAGGAUUGGCUGCAUAAAGACGCGCAGCCAAACCAGGAAGUGUAGAAAGGGACAAACCAGGAACUGCGAUCAAAAUGGUGUCACUUGUAUGCACGCUCCAGUACCACACAGCUGAUGUAAACUGGUGUGCAUUCUCUCGCAACCUGCUGGCAACUUGCUCUUCCGAUAAGACUAUUCGCAUUUUCUCCAGCCUUGAUUUCUCGGAGCUUCCGUUCUCCCCUCUCAUUGGCCAUGGCUACGCGGUCCAUUGCUGUUGCUUCACUGCCUGUGGUCAGUACCUGGUAUCUUGCUCAACAGAUGGCACCACGGUUGUCUGGAGCAUGGGCACCGGCGUAAAGGUGACCGCGUUUGAGCAUCCUGGCCGCAGCCCAGUCCGAGUAUGCGCUUUGUCAGCAGACAACUCCUACCUGGUGUCCGGUGCUUCUGACGGGACAUUUGCUCUUUGGGACUUCAACUCCAGAACACUGCGCAGGACUGGCGUUGUGAACGAAGCUUCGGUGGUCGCGUGCUCGAUGAGUCCGUGUGGUCAGAUGUUCGUCACAGGAUCCACCAAUGGGGAUCUGAGAAUCUGGGACCUGCAGGUGAACCAGCUUCACACAGAGAGGGAUGCUCAUGACCUGGGGGUUACCUGCUGCCACUUUUCCUCACAGAUUCAUAUCGAGGGAGAGACGGUGAAGGUUCGAUUGGCCUCCUGUGGCCAGGACAGCCUGCUGAAGAUAUGGGCCAUCUCACAGCGCACCCCUACAGGCUACAUGGUGCAGCUGCUGCACACUCUGACUGCGCAGUCGGCCCCAGUGCUCUCAUGUGCCUUCUCCCCUGACGAGCAGCUGCUGGUCUCCAGCUCCGUGGAUAAGACCAUCACAGUUUACAAUGCUAGCCAAGGAACCUUGCUUCACACAUUGAACCAGCACGAAAGAUACGUGGCGGCGUGCGCCUUUUCACCCGGGGCGUCUCUGAUGGCCACUGGCUCCAUGGACAGGACGGUGAACGUGUGGAGAGUGGGAGAUGGAGUUACAGAGGGAGGGGCGUACCGUACCAACGGGCCCCUGGGCCUCGUAACAGGCCCGUGGGCAGAUCGCUCAUUCGGAGGUGGAGGAGGAGCCGUGCCUGGGACGGACAGGCAGGUGGCUCACCCUAGCCGGCUGGUGUGCGACUGGUCUGAGGGCGACGUCCUGGCCUGGCUCCAGCAGGAAGGGCUGGAGGCGCUGGUCGGCAGGUUUAGGGACAACAACAUCGACGGAGUGGAGCUCAUCGGCCUGAGCAAGGAGAGCUUGACCACGGACCUACAGAUCAAUUCAGUUGGUCUUCGGAAUAAGCUGAUUCGGAAGAUUGAGGAGCUGAAGACGGCGCUGGUUUGUACGGACGGUCCGGAUGAGUUCCUGUGCCCCAUCACUAGAGAGGUCAUGAAGGACCCAGUCAUUGCGGCAGAUGGUUAUUCCUAUGAGAGAGAGGCAAUCCAGAGUUGGAUUAAUACCAAGAAUCGUUCCAGCCCCAUGACAAACCUGCCUUUGCAAACAACUAUUCUUACUCCAAACAGAACCCUAAAGAUGGCUAUCGAGCGCUGGAAAAGCAGUCAGUAAGUAGUGGGCCUAAAAAAACUCAACCAUUUCAGAGAUGGACAAAUGAACACUACUAGAAACUGACCGUUGAAUCUCAAUCAAUGCAUUUUGGAGCAUUCAUAUUUGUUGAAAAAUAUUUCCCCCCAAGAAACUCAACUGCCCUUGACUUUUUUUUUUUUUUUUUUUAAUGCCAAAAAAUUGUAUUUACAGUAUGAGUAACUGGAAAUGUGAACUGACAUUGUACAGUAGGUGUGGGUAUUUCUUGUGUAUAUAAAUGGUAAAACAAGCAAUAAAAUGGUAAAACACAUGAUUUAUGGCACAUGGACAAAUCUUGCUGAGAGUAAUACAAUUAUGUAUAUGUGUAGCAUUUACCAUAGUCCCACUGCACAUGUAUGUAUACUUGUAUAUCAUUUACCAUGGACCCACUGCACUUGUAUGUAUAUGUGUAUGUGUAUAUCAUUUACCAUGACUACUGCACAUGAUGCAAGGUACUGUGCAAAAGACUUAAAAUAUUUUCUGUUUUGUGCAUCACUGUGUCAGCAGAAAAGAGCCAGCUUGAGAUUUCCAUAUGCUCAUUUUCCAAAAAAUGUAAUUCUACACAUACUUUCUUUAACAAACUUCAAAAAUGUAACAUAUACUGUAAGCAGUAGACCUUUUAUAUAAAAACUUGAUUGAGG